AGUUCCGGUUUGAGUUUAUCGGCACUGAUAUGGCAUACAGUUAGAGAGUUUAGGACUAUUGGAUCUUUAAGAUAUUCAUAUUUUUUAAUUUAUCUAUUACUCUUUAUAUAAUACAGAGGUUAAACACCCGUUUUAGUAACAUCACCGAACUACUGUGGAUGAAGAGCAUUGACCAUCCUUUCUUGAAACAGAUGAUGGAUUCAGCAACUGAUGUUCUUCAUCCCUACUGGCCACGGAACCUUUUGAUUCCCACCUAUGUGGCCAAUGACCGAUCUAUGUCAGAGAUUCUGGCGUUCCUGUUUUCUGUGUCUGGGGUUUUUCUGCUUGUCACCUGGCUGAUCACCGGCCAGAAAGGGACCACUGGCAGGCUGGGGACAUGGAGGCGUCUGGCUGUGUGCUGGUUUGCCGUUUGUGGUUUCAUCCAUGGCGUCAUUGAGGGAUGGUUCUCACUGUACUAUGAUAUUAUUCCAGGAGACCAGAGCUUCCUGUCACAGCUGUGGAAAGAGUACUCAAAAGGGGACAGUCGAUAUGUAAUAGCGGAUAACUUCACAGUCUGCAUGGAGACUGUGACUGCAUGGUUAUGGGGUCCUUUCAGUUUUUGGGCUGUGUUCGCCUUCUUAACUAACAAGCCCUACAGAUUUGUUCUGCAACUCAUCAUUUCAUUAGGCCAGCUGUAUGGAGCAGUGCUUUACUUCUACACCGAGCACAGAGAUGGGUAUGCUCACAGUGAGUUGGGACACCCAAUCUACUUCUGGUUCUACUUCGUGUUCAUGAACGUGCUGUGGAUCAUCAUACCGCUGGUGCUCAUUGUGGACGCAUGGAGACAGCUGUCAGCAGCCCAGACACACACUGACAACACAAAAUCUCACAAGUCUAAGAGGAACUGACAACAGGAAAAAAAACUAUGUUAAACAGUGCCUGAAUUGGGCCGGAAAAGGUUCCAGUAUCCUAAUUCAGAAGUUGCAUGACAUGAUCAUGGCAAGUGUCUUGGAUAUAUUUAUAUUAUACAUAUAUUUUAUGUUAUAAUAAAAAUUAGAAUUAGGGGUACAUAUGUGGACAAAAAUCAGAAGUCUUGGUGCUCAGUAGGCUACUGGUGAGUACUGACGUUAAAAGAUGAGCCAAUAGAAAUUAUUAAUUACAUGUCUCAUCAGUUAUCAUGUGGUAGGCCUACCUGUAAACUAAGAACUUACUUUUCAAGUGCAGCUGGUUCUUUGUGCAUCUGGCUUUGUGGGGCCUGGUGAGAAUAGCCAAAUAAAUAAUCUUUUCUCAAAA